GAGGGGAGGUUUGGUCGACAGGGGCUGAAGUAUCGCGAGAACGGCGUGUCCGUGAAGGGGGCGUGGCCGGGCGUGAAGGGAGCGUGGCUUCGUUUCUCACAGCGCAGUAAGGAGAGACAGCAUUGCCUGUAUAAUCUGUUUAACGCCUUGAUCACUCAACGAAACAGCAACACUCCCUCGGUCGAGUGUAGCUGUAGAAAUUAGACCUGCCAUUUCCAUGGAUGAAGACGAAAAAGACACAUUUAAAAUUUUAGUUGCUACCGAUAUUCAUCUUGGGUAUUUGGAGAAGGAUGCUGCCCGUGGAAAUGAUACAUUUGUAACUUUCGAUGAAAUCUUGAAACUUGCUCAAGACCAUGAGGUGGACUUUAUCUUGUUAGGAGGAGACCUCUUUCAUGAAAACAAACCUUCUCGGAAAACUUUAUACACUUGUUUAGAAUUGAUGAGGAAAUACUGUAUGGGUGAUCGUCCUGUCCAGUUUGAAAUUCUGAGUGACCAAUCAGUCAACUUUGGAUUCAGUAAGUUUCCAUGGGUAAACUACCAAGAUGGAAAUCUCAACAUCUCCACUCCAGUCUUUAGCAUUCAUGGAAACCACGAUGAUCCCACAGGGGCAGAUGCUCUUUGUGCUUUGGACAUUUUGAGCUGUGCAGGGCUUCUGAAUCAUUUUGGACGAUCUCCAUCUGUAGAGAAGAUAGACAUUAGUCCUGUUUUGCUUCAGAAAGGCAAAUCAAAAAUGGCUUUAUAUGGAUUGGGGUCUAUUCCAGAUGAGAGGUUGUACCGAAUGUUUGUGAAUAAGCAAGUCACCAUGCUGAGGCCAAAGGAAGAUGGAGAUUCUUGGUUUAAUCUGUUUGUACUUCAUCAGAACAGGAGCAAGCAUGGAGCAACAAAUUAUAUUCCAGAACAGUUUCUGGAUGAUUUUAUCGACCUUGUGAUCUGGGGUCAUGAGCACGAAUGCAAAAUAUCUCCAACACGAAAUGAGCAACAGCUUUUCUAUGUUUCUCAGCCAGGAAGUUCCGUAGUUACAUCACUGUCACCAGGAGAAGCUGUCAAAAAGCAUGUUGGCUUGCUGCGCAUUAAAGGCAAAAAAAUGAAUCUGCAGAAGAUCCCUCUACAGACAGUACGCCCAUUUUACAUUGAAGAUAUUAUUCUUGCUGACCAUCCAGACAUCUUUAACCCUGACAAUCCUAAAGUAACACAAGCAAUACAAGCUUUCUGCAUGGAGAAGGUUGAAUCUAUGCUGGACAAUUCAGAAAGAGAACGUCUUGGAAAUCCACGACAACCAGAGAAGCCUCUGAUAAGAUUGCGAGUAGACUACAGCGGAGGCUUUGAACCAUUCAGUGUUGUUCGUUUCAGCCAAAAAUACAUGGAUCGGGUGGCUAAUCCAAAAGACAUCAUACAUUUUUUCAGGCAUCGGGAACAAAAAGAGAAAAACGAAGAUGAGAUGAAUUUUGGAAAACUGGUUUGCAAGCCCGCAUCAGAGGGAACAACUUUGAGGGUUGAGGAUCUUGUAAAGCAGUAUUUUCAGACAGCUGAGAAGAAAGUGCAGCUAUCACUCCUGACUGAACGAGGAAUGGGAGAAGCAGUACAGGAGUUUGUAGACAAGGAAGAAAAGGAUGCCAUUGAAGAGUUAGUGAAAUUCCAGCUAGAAAAGACACAGAGGUUUCUAAAGGAGCGUCAUAUCGAUGGAGAGGAGGCGAAAAUUGAUGAAGAGGUGCAGCGCUUUAGAGAAUCAAGAAAGCAGAAUGUAGUGGAAGAGGAUGAAGAAGUUCGUGAGGCUAUAAACAGGGCAAAAGCCCACAGGUCUCAACGUGAUGAUGAUGCUUCUUUUAUUAGUGAUGACGACCUGAUGGAGGCUUUAAGCUAUGAAAUGAAAUCAAAUGAAGAUUCAGAUGAUGCUUCUGUGUCCAGCCGAGGCAGAGGCCGAGGGAGAAGCCGCGGGAGGGGUGGACGGGGCCAGAAUCCUACAGCUCGAGGAGGAGCCCGACGAGGAAGAGGAGGAAGUGCUGGCCAAGCCCAAAUGAACAGCAGUAGAACAAGCAAGCCCCUGGCUUCUCCUUUAAAAAAUAUGUCCAUCUUGGAUGCAUUUAAGUCAUCAAGACAGCAGCCUUCCCGGAAUAAACCUUCCAAGAAUUAUUCAGAGGUUAUUGAAGAUGAUGACUCUGAUCUAGAAGAAGUGUCCUUCACUCCAUCUUCCACUGUCAGUCAGAGAUUACCAAGUGCAUCAGUAUCCAGCAAAAGGAGCUCACAGAGUCAGGCAUCAAGAGGAAUAGACUUUGAUUCGGAUGAGGAUGAUUUAUUCAAGAGUUCUACUACCUCAAGAAGAAACCGAUGAUAUUUCCAGAAACCACUUAUGGAAAAAUGCCACAGAUGAAGAAAAAACUCCAGAAUUUUCUUUAAAGUGGUGUUAUGAAGUAUGCAAUCUCUUUCCUCACCAGUUUUCUAUUGGUUUUCACAUUUCCUUGUAAUAUUUUGCUUCCUCGCCAAAGGGAUAAUCUUUGGAUAAGCAAUACCAUUUGAAGUACAUGAGCAUAUUUUGUGUGUUGGAUUGAGAAUCGUAAUGGCAGAUUCCUAAUACAAACGACAUAGCUGGGAUUUUUCUCCCAGUUACUCCGUUCCCUAAAUAUUUUUCUUUUCCUCUAAAAAUGGUAGGGAGGCUGAGAGAUUGCAACUCUGGGGGGAGUUCAGGAGCAGGAAAUAGGCAAAAACCUUCUCACCUUUUCCCCAUUGAAAUUUUUGUUGACUUUCAGUCUCUUUGACAAUAGAAAACUAAUUUUAUAUCAGUCCCCAGUAGAAACGGCAAUUUCUACUUAUCUAGCUUCUACUGUUUCCCUUUUAAAAAUUCAUGCAGAGAAAUAUAGAUAGAGAUAAUAAAGUAUUUUCCUUAUCACUGAGAGGCAUUUAAAAUUAUUAUUUUCUUCCAUUUUUUAAAAAAAAACAGUACAGAAAAAUAAAUUAGAAAUGUCUGUUUGUAUGAAUAGUGUCCUUGCUUUCCAGAACUUCUGUUGGGAGGGAAUGUAAUACAUUUUAAAACUCUUCCAAAGAUUACUGUGCUCUGUCUCAAUACUUAAUUUGGCUUGGUUGUUUAAUGUUAAUAGGUUUGCAAAAAGCAGCUGGUUAUGCUGACCUGAUACUGGUUAGAGAGUCAUAUAAUAAUAUGAAUAAUUAGCAUAAGAUUUAUGGAUAUUGAUAUAAAAUAGGCACUGCAUGGAUACGAUGCUUUUGGUCCAUCUGGAAUUGGGAUUGGUCAAUUUCGAAUGGUAUGAUAUAUUUUCACACCAAAAAAAAUCUAUAUACAAUAUAAUUAUUGUAUUUUUAUACCUAUUUUGUCUCUUGGGAGGAAAAGAAGACCCAAUAAUGUUAGAUGUAUGAUAUGGGAAAAAGUGUAGAUUGAUAUAGAUGACUAUUUGAUAUUUCUCUUCCAUAUGUUUUAUAAGCAUUUAUCAUGUUUAUUUGGAAAGAAAGUGAUGGCAAUAGUUAAGAAGAAAGGUGUGAGAACUACAGUACUUAUAUAGAUAGGCCGCAUUACAGUAUCUCAGUUCUGUGUGUGUGUGUGUGUGUGUGUGUGUGUGUGGAGAGAGGUCAUGGUUUUAUUGAUAACUCAACUUUAAUUGGGAAUCAAACAUAUUUGGAUCCUCUUAUAUAUUGCACCUACCAGUUGGACUGUAGUUACAUGCUGCUAUGCAAAAACAUUAUUGGCUGAAAAUAUAUCUCUUUGAACAUGAUUUUUUUAUCUUGCACACUAAAGAAUGUAGCAUUUAUAUUGUGCACCAAAAGAUAGUAUUGUUUCUAGGCUGAACUGAAAUGUCAAAAGGUAGAAGUGGCAGUUAACAAAAACCUCAGUUCAAAGUCUUGACAGGAAAUGUAAAGCACUCAAAGCACUUGUGGUCCAUGUCUUUUCAAACAAAAAAAGUUGCUCGCAAAAAGGAAACCAUUAUUGCCAAUUCUAUAUCUAUGGACAUAUAAUUCACUAGUUCUACAAUAGGAGGAAAUUUUACCUCCUAAUAAAAAAACCUUGAUCACGUUGCAUUACCAAGGGAAUGGAUGGAUGGAUGAUAAAAACCUAUUUUCCUUCGAUGCGUUGAAACUUUUCUGUGUCUACAAGAAAACAGAUCUGUAAAGACCAGCAAGUUUUGUGGUUUAUUAGCUGAGGCUUCAACACAUAUUUCACCUGUUGAGAUACAUGUUUGUAAAUGGUACAUAUCAAGUUGUAUGUGCUUUAAAUAAAGGGUCCAACUUACUAAACCCGAA